AUGGCCACAAAGAGCGACGGUGAUUUUGAAGAGUGGUUACAAAAUGUUGUUGAUUAUUAUUCCAACUUAAGUGAUGUUGAAAGAAAUCUCACUAUUGAUUGCAUUAUAGCUUGCAGUGGCUCUUCACAGUUAUUGCAUUUACAUUCUCAAACCAAAGCACUUUUACAUCGUGACUUUUUGAAAUUAUUGCCAGCAGAACUGAGGGAGCAUCUAUUGUCAUAUCUGGAUGGCAAAUCUCUAUUAACUUGUUGCUGUGUGAGCAAAACAUGGAACCAAGUCAUCUGUUCAUCUUCAAGGGUCUGGCAACAAGCUUGCUUGCGAUCUGGCCUUGUCAUCUGCAAGUAUUUAGAUAAUAUUGAUGCAAAGUAUUGGAAGUCAUUUUAUGUUGAGAUGGCUAGAAGGCGGCAUCAAAUGAUAACACAAAAGUGCUUCAACUCAAAAACAUAUGAUCGUAAUUUACGGCGAGUAACUGCUGUUCACUAUUACAAAAGCAAAGUCGCAACUGCAUCUGACAGCAAAAUUAUACAAAUUUGGGAUUGUGCGAAGGAUCAAUGUCUUAUAACAAUAAGGACCGAUGCCAGCAUUGCAUCUAUCAAGUUUGAUGAUAAUAUUAUUAUUGCUUCAUCAUACCUAGGUCACAUGGUGUCUUGGGAUGCAGUAUCUGGUGAGCGACUAGCCGAGUAUAUGAGGCAUGGAGGUGCAGUCUUUACUUUUGAUUACUCCCAGGAUUUGAAUGUUGUCAUUAGUGGAGCUGCUGACUGCCGUAUUAAAAUAUGGGCACUAUCAAAUGGGUUUCUUUACAAGACACUAACUGAUCACAAUUGGUGGGUGUUAAAAGUCAUGCUGACUCCGUAUCCUGCUGAAAAGGGCAGCAAACAGCAAAAUCGCCAUUUGAUAUUCAGCAUGGACAAAACCACUGUAGUUGUUAGAUUAAUGAGUUUUGUGGCAGAAACUAUAACACCUGAAGGCUUGUACAUGACAACUUUGUAUUCAAUUUUACUUGGACGCUCUGAUGAUAUCUGUUUGUUUACACCAGGUUUGCACUUUGAUGGGGACUUUUUGUACUUCCCAAAAGAAUCUUUUGAUAAUCGUGGCUGUGCGGUUUUAUGCAAGUGGGAUGUGAAACGAAAAUGUAUGAUUUCUGAAAUGGAACUGAACUUAAAAGUCAAGGCUCUCCUUGGUGUAGGAAAAAAGUAUCUAGUUGUUCUUACUCCCUGGCAGGACAAAACAACUCCAAACUUCAUUGUGAUGGACAAAGAAAGCAAAGAAAAAGUUGCUUUAUGGCAUUUACCACCUUCAAAACCUUCUACACCUGACUGUGCUCAGUUAUGCCUUGGUGAAAAAGAUUGGCUUGAUGGAUUAGAUGGAAACAAUGAUCAAGGUGUUUUACUGACUGCUGCAACCGAUGACAACUCGGUCUACGUAUUGAAAUGGUCACCUCGCUCCAAUGGUGCUGUCACAUAG